AUGGUGGAGAUAUGGUGGUCGCUAUUGGGAGCCGCAGUUCCAGCUGUCGUUGCAGGGCAAGCCAUUAGAAUGAAGAGGAGGCGUGCGGAGGAACAAAGGCUCAAGAAUGUUCGCGGAAGGGAGAAGGCCUCCGAUGAAAUCUUCGUCUGUGAGAGGGUCUGCACUUCAAAGAGGAUGCUGAAGAAGGUGGGCGCCUUCUCUAAAGACCCGAUUCCAGACACCUGUGUCACUGUCUGCGGGGUCUCUGAGCUUGAUGCAUGCGCCGAUGCCUGUGCGAGAACUGUCUGUGUCAACCAGCACCAGGUCCCCAACUGGAACGACAUCUGUCUCCGUCGAUGCCAGAGCGAAUGCCUCAAGCUAUCUUCUUCUAAUAAUAGCUUCUAG